AUGGGGAGUGUCGAUAAACUGCCAUAUUGGCAUAUGAACAUACCCGAAGACAAGCGGACCGAAGAGUGCCCAGAAUUUCUUCGCAGCCUGAGUGAAAAAGACAAGGGCAUCAUCGGCACGCCAGACUCCGAGUAUCACGUCGCGACCUGGCCCGAGGUCCAGAAGAUCGUGGCAGACAACCGGCUGGGCGCGUUCCGCCGCAUCCCGUCCCACCUCCGCCGGUAUCUCGAGUACACCUGGCAGCUGAAGCGGGACUACGGGAGCAUCAUGAAGUUCGUCCUGGACAAGCGGCUGCGCUGGGAGGCACCCGUGACGCCUCGGGGCAAGCCGUUCGAGUUUGACGACGACGACAUCACGAUCUUGUGGAACGACUGGCCAUACGGCAUUGAUGAUCGGAUAGUCCAUCUCGUCGUCUGGACCAAGUUCGAACUCCCCGAAGACCCUGCCACAGGCGACAUAACCGACGAGACUCGGGAUGAGAUUGAUCAGUACGUGCAGAAGACGUUUGGGUGCCAGGUGCCAAGAGAUCGUUAUAUCUGGUUCAAGAAUUGGAAGUCGCUGAAGUCCGUUCAUGCUGUAGAGCACUUCCACGUCAUGCUUCUUGAGCCGGAUCCUAAAUUUGUCGAAGAGAUCACUCAUGGAGACGUUCCUUACUGCCGCCAGGUGUAG